UCCAAUGACCUUCCUUCACUUGCGGGGUUGUCUCAUUCAGAUUUUCUUAUAAUUUAUUUCCAAGUUCACACCGCUCAGCAAAAUGUACGGAAGUUUAUAAUUAUUAUUAUGUAGUAGCCAAUCAACGAUGUUAACCGUGUGAUUGAGUGAAAAUUCAAUGCAGCGGUGACAACUCUGCCUGCAACCGCGUUGUUUUGUGUUUUGGUUUGGAUUUUGGAGGGAAUCCAUUUGUCUCGUGCAGCGUGCCACAAGUGGCCUCGAUUACAAUCUACAUCUCGCAUUUACAUUCAACCAUUUGAUGCUAGUGCUAGAUCUAUGAUCUUCGCUAGUUGUGUGUGCACGCAUUGGGUAUGUGAGAGUGGAAAAUGUGGGAGGAUGUUGGGCAACUUCAUAUCAGGAAGGAGCUGACUGCGCUGAGACGAGCUCGUUGGCUUAAGGAUCCCUCCACUUGCUCCUCUCUCAAGUCUCCUAAGAAUUGCAUUGUUCCGCACAAAGAUGGCAUCGCUGGUGCCACUUAUUCAGCCACAGGAGACCAGGUGAAGGGGAUUCUUCACAACUGGACUGGACAAGACUUCGGUAAUGCAAUAAGCCAUGGAGACGAAACUCGAGAUAGGGUUUUUAAGAAGUAUCAGUAUGCCACAAAGCAUGAUUACUCCACACAUGAUUUUUCCCAGGAGGAGCAGGAGGGCGAUGGAGAUAGAGGAUUGGAUUGCAACUCCAGGUCAGUGUCACCCUUACUCACCAAAGAUGCUUAUAAAUCACGCCAACAAAAUGGCAAUGGCAAGCACAAGAAAAGGUCUCAGAUUUUAAAACAUGCGAUGGAGUCGUACACUCCCACAAGCACUCGGUCCAACAGCAGGAAUGGCGAUCGUAAGCAACGCAGUGUUGUUGGGUCGUGGGAUGGCACGGCAUUGUCUGGAGAGGACGAAGUAGAUGGCUUGGAUCUGCCUUCCCAAGGAUGUGGAAUCCCUUGCUAUUGGUCCAGAACUCCAAAGCAUCGCGGAGGGGGAAUGGAAUGCGGGACUUUCUCUCCGACAUUGUCCGAUUCUGUCAAGAGAAAAACGGGCAAUGGAGUCUCAAGACACCAGAAAGAAUCACCAUCACUAUCGAAUUAUGACUACAGGAUGCAUGGUCAAUUGGCGGAAGCAGAGUAUAGCGCGGAAGGCUUGCCAUUGUUGACUGACGGAGCCUCUUCAGCAGACGGAGAAGGUACGAGUGAUGGAUAUUCGACUUAUGACAUGGAGGCAGCUUGUAAAUUGGAGAGGUGGAGGAAGUCAAGAGACAGAAGCAGAGAACAUGGACAUCUCACUUUGACGCACGGAAGUGGGGAGCUGGCAAUCUAUGGGGACAGGCACAGAAGCUUAAGUCAGAAAUAUAGACCCAAAUCAUUUGAGGAAUUGGUAGGGCAAAACAUGGUGGUGCAGACUUUGGUGAGUGCUAUCUUAAGAGGGAAAAUUGCCCCCGUCUAUCUAUUCCAAGGGCCCCGCGGCACAGGGAAGACAUCAACUGCAAGGAUUUUUGCAGCAGCUUUGAAUUGUUUCUCCCCAGAGAAUCUCAGGCCAUGUGGAUUCUGCAGAGAGUGUAUUGAUUUUGCUUCUUCGAGAAGUGUGGAUGUGAGAGAAGUGGAUGCCACAAAUAGCAAUGGUAUGGAGAAAGUCAAAGCCCUUCUGAAAAAUGUUGCUUUGGUGCCAUCUUUUUCACGUUUCAAGGUCUUCAUUAUUGAUGAGUGCCACAUGUUGGCAUUUGAAACAUGGGCUGCACUUCUUAAGAUUCUAGAAGAACCACCUGGUCAUGUCGUCUUCAUUCUCAUUACCACUGAUUCUGAUAAACUACCUCGUACUGCUCUUUCGCGGUGCCAGAAAUAUCUUUUCCCAAAGAUUAAAGAUGCCGAAGUGGUAACCAGAUUGCAAAAGCUUGCAAUCCAAGAAAAUUUGGAGGUUGAUUCUGAUGCAUUGGAUAUGAUAGCAGCUAAAUCAGAAGGUUCUCUUCGAGACGCUGAGACAAUGCUUGAUCAGCUUAGCUUGCUGGGACAAAGAAUUACUCUCUCCCUAGUACACGAGCUUGUGGGUGUAGUUUCAGAUGAGAAAUUGCUAGAUUUGUUAGAAUUGGCCUUGUCAGCUGACACAGCCAGAACUGUAAGAAGGACCAGGGAGUUGAUUGAUUCUGGUAUUGAACCAAUGACUUUAAUGUCCCAAUUAGCUACUCUCAUCAUGGAUAUUCUUGCUGGUAGCUACAAAUUUGGAGAUAUUAAGUGCAAGGGAAUCUUCUUCCACAGGCAUGCUUUAACAGAAGAGGAGUUAGAGAGACUAAGACGGGCUUUGAAAAUUCUUUCUGAAGCAGAAAAACAGCUGAGGGUUUCAAAUGACCAGACAACAUGGCUGACAGCAGCUCUUCUCCAGUUUGGUUCUGGACGGUCUCUUCUGGUUCCCACAUCUGCUGGUACCAGUGCCACACAAAGUCCUGCAGCUGUAAAAGAAAGGAAUAAUUAUGGACUAUUGUACAGUGGUUCAUCAUCCCGACAACUUUUAGGUAAUAAAAAACUCAUUGAACCAUCCGUUGAGCGCUCGGAUUCGAUGGCAAUGCCAAAGUCUGUGGUAGGGAAUGGAAAUGGCAGUCUGAAUCAAGGACACAUUGUGUUGUUUAAUGAUUCAAAUAAAGGAAUACCGGUGUCCAAGAUCAAGUCACAGAUUCAUUCAUUGUGUCAUUCACCUGGGUCGGGUCAUUAUGGGAGGAGUUUUUCAGAUGACAUCAAUGAUAACAAUGAUUCAGCUCAACCAGAAUUCAGCUGUAUGAGCCCAAGUAAGUUGGAUGAGCUUUGGAGGAGAACAAUAGAAGAAUGCCGCUCAAACACAUUAAGGCAGUUGUGUACACAAGGAAAGUUAGUGUCAGUCUCUAUAGGAAAAGGUUUUGCAGUUGUUCAAUUAGAAUUCUGGAAUCCAGAUACAAAAUCCCUGGCUGAAAGAUAUGUCAAGAGUAUUGCAAGUUCAGUUUCACUCAUUCUAGGCUGCAAUGUGGAGAUAAGAAUUAACCUGGCAUCUCUCACAGCUGAAAUUGAGAAUACUAAAUCCAGAAAAAACUCAAUUGAGCUGUCAAAGUCUUCAGCCAAUGAACAGAGGGAUGUCGUAAUAAAUAGUACAGCAGACCAGGAAUGUGAGAGCACUGCCUUGAAUUCUGAUCAUAGAACGGGAUGUGGAGAAACAUGUAUGGAAGCUCACUCUGCAAUAAGUAGAACUAAAUCCUUUUCAGCAAUUUCUGAAGGAUACCAUAAAGGAUUACUGAUGCCAGCAGAAUGUGCUCAAGCAGAUGAAUUGCGAACUAUUACUACAGGGGAAAACAGUGGUCCAGCUGUUGUGCAUGGUGGAAUAGAGGAAGAUUCAAAAAUAGGAAAUAGUUCAAUAACAGAUGAACAGAGACUAGAGAGUGCUUGGUUGCAAGCAGUAGAAAAAUGUGCUCCUGGCUUGAAGGAUAUUCUAAAGCCUGAGAAGAACCAAGUGCUCCCUCGAGAUGUCAUCGAUCUUCAAAAUGGAUUUGUAUCUUCUGGUGGUAUCGGUACUGUGCCACUAGGAGUUGCAUUACAGCAGAAAGAAGGGAGAUCAUGUCAUGAGAUGAGAACAGUGAAGUCAAAUGGAGGUAUUGACUUUCGGAAACUUCGAUGUGCAAGGACUGAUCACCAAGAGUGCCUAUGUUCUAGUUCGUUUGAUCAAGGUGCUUUUGUAACGAGUUUUGAAGAGGAAACCUUGGCAUAUGGAUCUGACUCAAAUUCUAGUGGUAUUCUUUGUUGGAAAGCACUCAAAUAUGAUCAGGAAAAGCAAAGGAGACGACCUCGAAGGAAACCGGGCUUACUGUUUUGGGUUGUGCCCUGUGCUAAGGCUAAAAGGGGGCACCAGAUACAGUAGUUUUAAAUGGAAUGGUCUGAGCAAGUUGGCAAGCAAAUACCAGGGUAAGAAGGAUAAACUAUGUACACAAUUUUGAUCUCUAGAUCACGAUCUUUAGAAUUUGUAAACUGACUUAAGAUGCACAACAAACACAAUUGUUUCACAGGCUAAGCCAAUCAAAUUGCUUGCAGCCUCUCUACUGUUUUCAUGGGGAUGGGUGCUAUGGAUGACAUAGCUGCAAUACAGCACCUUCAUAAAAUAAAAUCUUUUAAACAAUUGAAGCUUGUGCAAUAUCCUAUGGAUGGCAAAUGCAAGAUUAAGAAGUCACACAUUAUCUUAAUUCAGGGACAAGUCCAUGUGGAUUGCAGUUGGAUGCAAUCUGAAAUCCAACUAACUACAUGGCUAUGUAAUUCUAUUCCAUCACAAGAAAUGCCCUAUUCUAUGUUUUAUA